CCGGCUCCUCGAGACGCUGUUCGUGGCCAGUGUAGCGCGGGCGGCCGAGACUGCUGCGUCUCGGAGGUCCUUCGUACAGUCCCGUACGUCUGUCCGUGUCCGUGGUACAGUGGUGGUGUCGCCGUCCCCGCCUCCACCAGACGUCGUCGUCACAGGUCGCUCACAGGAGGAGCGUGUGCAACCAGCCGUGAGUUGUUGACGGGGUGCCAUCUCUUCGCCCCGUUUCGGUCGCGCUUGAGGCGUCUCGGAGGAAGAGAAUCGGGGACUUGGUUCGGCCAACCCACACGCCCCCAACGCCGCCGCCGUCGCGGAGCGUUGAAAAGCGCCAACGCCGGCCGGUACCUGGGCUCACCACUCGAGAGGGUCCGCCGAUGAAGAUGACUACGAUCCCCGUGCUCCUGGUCCUCUGCUGCUGGCUCGCAGCUGAGGCCAGCGGCCAGCGCUUCCAGCAGCAGCGACUGGAGCAAGCGACGACAGGAGGGCGCCCCUUGCAGAAGCAGGAAGAGGCCCCGUACUACCGGGAUGCCCCGCCCCGAUCGGCGCCAGCCGUACCGCGCUACUACCCCCCGGCGCCCGUCCACUACGUGAGCAUCGGCGAGAAGCUGGACGGCGAGUACCGCUUCGGCUACGACUCCGGCAACGGGCCCCUGGGCCACAGCUACCGCCAGGAGCUCCGGCUCCCCGACGGCAGCACCCGCGGCUCCUACGGCUACGUGGACUCGCGAGGUCACAUGCGCAGGGUGCACUACAGCGCCGGCAAGAACGGCUUCGUCAUCCUCAAGGACGAGCGUAUCCUGGACAAGGAGCCCCCGAAGGACACGCUCCUGGGGAAGGACGAGUUGCUGACCACCACGGCUGCACCUGCAAAGCAGGCUGACGAGGUGCCGCAGCGACACCAAGAGCUGCUGCCGCGGGCGCCGCAGUUCCAGGAGGAAAGCCGCCACGUCGAGACGCAGCAGUCGCCCCGUGCUCAGGCCGCACCCGUGCCGCUGCCUUCGAAGUCGGCGCAGGAGAUCCAGGCCGAGUACUUUCGCAGCCAGCUGUUGGCCUCGGCCACGGCGGCCCGCGAGCGGUACGCCGAACCCGACGCCGCGGCUCAGACCGCCGUUGCGACCGAGGAGGAACCGCCGCAGCAGCCGCUGCCCAAGCCCCGUCUCGCCAGGCCCCGCCCGCACAGGAGGAGGAAGCGCCCAAAGAAGACAACCACCACCACCACGACCACCACAGAGGCUCCUGCACAGGAGGCGAAGAGCGAGGAAGUUUCCGGAGCGGAGGAGCCACCAGCUGAAGUGGCGGCACCAGAAGCUCAGCCUUCGCCGCCUCCUCAGCGCGCAUCUCCUAUACUGAGACCUCGGAAACUUCACCGACCACCCUUAGCUCACCCGCCCCCGCAGGGACAACGCCAGACUUCAGUGCAAGGACCGCCUCCUCUUCAGCCUCCACCUUUGGAGCAAGGACCGCCACUGGCCCAGUUCCCAAUACCGGAAGUGCGGCGACCCUCUCAACUGCAGCGGGUGGCGACCGAGCAGCAAGGGCUGUCUCAAGAUCAAAGGCCAACCCAAGGUCACGGAGCUCCUCAUGUCGUCCAAAGGCAGCGCCGACCUCCCGCAGCCGCAGCACCCCCACCGGUUCAAGAGCGUCAGCCACAGGGGGCGAGAGACAUAGAAGUACACAGGGCGCCUCAGCGGGUCUUCGGUUCGGCACAGCGUCACUCUCAGGUCGUGCGUGAACCAGAGGUUCAGCGAGCCCCACCCGCACGGUCCGAACCCGCCACCGAGCCCCAAGCGCCACCGCCGCCUCUAGUGGACUCAUCCCACGGCAAUGCGGGAGAAAAAGCCUUCGGAUUCGGCCAGCGGCUUAGCGGGAGGCGCACUUCGCAGACAAUUGUAGCUCAGUCCGACCAAAGCCGUGACCCCGAUGUCCAGGCGGAGGAGCGACCGACUCCGUCACCACGCCACAGGAGCCGCUACCACACAACGAGGAGGACUCGCCGACCCACUCUGUCGAUAGAGUCCGAGUUUCCCGACUUCCCGGUGACCAGGGCGCCGCACCGAGCCGCGGCCAAUCUGCCGUCCAAGAGGAGGCGAGUGAAGGUUUCUAGACCGGUUCAGCUUUCCCAAAUUUCUCCUGCGGAAGAAGUCACAACGCCUGCACCUACAACGACAACUCCAGAGCCUCCACCGGCUACAACUACAAGCAUAGCGACACCCGCUACAGCUCCAGUAGUCACGGUGGCUUCUACGCCUGGACUGGUGACUCCCGUGUUCCCUUCGGCUGAGCAGUCGUUCUACAGAACACACGGCCUCCCGCAGGGCCCUUAUAACACGUACGGUGAAGGCGUCACGUUGCCCCAGCGACCGUUCACUCAGCCUUCUCCGUUCACUCCCCCAGUCACCGUGGCAGAAACGCCGACGGUGACUCCAGCACCAAGAGAAACUCCAGCUCCCGCAAAUGGGGAGCCUGAUAUCCCACCGCAGAGGACUCUAGGCCGGCCGAUUGCAGAUGUGCCGCAGCAGGGACCACAGCUGGGACAACCGGGAGCAUUCCCACUGCACCCUCAACGCCAAGCAUUUGGACACUCCUCUUUGCUGCCUGGACAGGCUCCACCCCACCUUAAUUCUCCAUUCCCUCAAAGGCCUGUCUAUCAGCUACCGGGAUUCACUCCUGGACAAAGCCCUCCCGGUCGGCAGCACUAUUUUCCGCCCCUUGGAGCACCGUUCGUGCCCCGAAAUAGUACAUUUGUGCAAGACGUUCCGGUGCCAGGCCAGCCGAGGACGGUGCUACCAGAAGCUGCUGCGGCGCCGUCUCUUAGGAACAGGACAUCUGAGGCAUUUCCCCUUCCAGUCCAACGAAGCUUUGUUGACAGCUCCGCGCAAGGCGGUUUCAGACAGCAAGGGCCGGCGUUGGCAAAUCCGUACUCUUCUGUACAACCCACUCACGUGUUCGGACCUCCUCCUGGCAGCGUUCCUCCUUUCGGUGGAUAUCCCGGCCAGUAUCCCGGGGCUCAAUUCCGCGGUGCCCCACCACCGGGACUAGUCGAUCCCCAGUUCCGCGGUCACACACAGCUGCCACUGCCCAACCAGGCUGCCGCCGCAUCCCAGACGACGCCGAGUCAACAGCAGAAUAGUUUCGUCACGGAGGCGACGCCCGGUGUAACCCAAGUAAAUGAUUUGCGAACGACGCCUUUAUCUUUAAGCACGCCUUCUACACCAGCUGAGAACCAGUAUCUUGAUGAUGUUGGGACCACCCUGCAGCUUCCCACCCCUGCUCCACCUGCAGCGCCCUCGCUAUCCACGUUCAGGGGCGACAGGACAACGGCGGCGCCAUUCGAGUACCAGACGUCGAGACCUUCCGUCCUACAAUACCAGCCUCCAUCGCGAGAAAGCGCGCAGUUCGCUACUUCGCCUGCCGUGCCGCAGUAUCAGACGACGCCGAGGCCGACGCCGCAGUUCCAGCAGUCUCUCGAACCGCAGCAGCGAACAACUUCUCCAGCUCCCCAGUCCCAGCCGGCUGCCCCUGAGGCGCCGCCUUCUAGCCAGAGCCAUUUUAGGCUCGGCGUCCCGCAGCAGCAGCAGCAGCAGCAACAAAACACGAUCGGUGCGCAGCCGCAGUACAACACCAUAGGAGGUACACAACAGGGUUACGACCCCUACCAGCAGCAGUUCGGAGGCGGAUAUCAAAUUGGAAACACCCUGUUCAGCCCGGUACAGCAAUCGUCGCAGGACCUGGGAGGAGGCUACCAGUAUCCAGAUUCAGGUCCAUUCCAGGCGCAGUUUGGAGGCCCCUAUCAACCUCAAUAUAGCACCGUCGACGACUACUCACAAUACCAGUCAUCCGUUGGCCUAGGCGACAUCAGAGGUAGUGGGACAAAUCAGCAGGGAUACAGAGCAACAACACCUCCCGUCUUCGACAGAACAUUGCUUUCAUAUGACAUCGGGGUUCCUUUGAGGUCAUAGUAUCCACGCUGCUUCAUUUCCCGAUGAAGGCCGGUGACAUAAUUGUACCCUGUGCUCUGAAGUACAUGUACAAAGGGUAAUAACUGAGCAGUUUCGGUUUUUCAACCCUUUGGGCUGCUUCUCUUCAAGAUAUGUUUCUCGGUCACAAAUUUUUCCUUCUAUGAGGAGACAAACCGAUCAAUUUUCGUGUUCACAAAUGUGUUUACGUGCAACUAUCACAUCUACUAGUUUAUUCUACCGUUAUGUUUCGUGGGUGUAUCAUUUCGGUUCGAAGGAAUAGUGAUCGCAUCACUUCAGUAUUGGUGUCAGAGUGCAUAGAAACGUCAGGUACAACGGGCGAAACACGAAUCUUAUGCUCUGCAGAUAAGGGUAAGUUUUCGUUGAUAUACUUUAUCUCCUGGCAACUGCAUCUUCAAAGAUAAUUUUCAGCUCUCCUGCUACUGCCUGGUACUAGAAAAAUCAGAGCAGCCUGACUUGACGUGUGAGAGCAUCGGUUAGACCGGAAGUUGCAUUUGUGAACGGCGAUUUUUUUUACAGCCACUGAGUUCGCGUGUGCCAAUAGUAUCAUAGUUUUGGCAAGCUAUUUGAGCGCAGAACGAUGCAUUUUAUUCUGAUGGGAACAUGGAGAUGUGGUAGGACAUGUCAUUGCAGACAUGUCUAACAGGGUUAGUUAGCGAACCAGUUUGUACUACGGAGAAUAUAGAAACAUGUGACUGUGCCAUCUGUUACAAAGAAGUGUAGCCAUGCAGACCGUGUCCAGCAUUGAUGUGGAGUUUUGUGGCACUACUGGUUUUCCUGGCAAUUGAGAGCACAAGGUCCUUCAAACCCAACAAAGCUUUAAUUAACCGCUGUACCAUGGCGACACGUGUCGCUAGUGUAGAAAACGUUUUUCCGCGAUUCCCUAGCUUAAUAAGUCACGCGACCAUUUAAAGACGCGAUGUGCACCUUCGCGUGUGUGUUCAGCUAGCGCUAUUUAUCUCCCUUCUUUUUCUCCUUACAUCCCUUUAUACCGCUCUUCUAGCAUGGAUAGCAAACCGAAUGCGCGUCUGGUCAACUUCCCUGCAUUUCCCUGUUCGUUAUCUCUGUUUGUUAUCAAGGCAGGGCAGUGCCUUCAACAGCUGCGCCACCGCAAGGUCCCACGUCUAGCACUUCUAAGACAGCGAGUGCUACCCUUGUUCGUAAUAGACGGCACACACAAAAGUAAAAAAAAAAGCACUCAAGUUCGUCGGCCGAUUAAGACUUCCUAUUUUUUGGAAGUGCAGAUGACGCGACAAUAUUUUACUGUUGGGUCCAAGUGUGUGAGUGUGUGUGUGUGUUCACUGGUGCUGUAGUGCGCGUACAUAUCACGUGCAGAACGCAUGCACCUGGCACGGGCUAAAUGUGCAGCAUCCUUGCAGCAAAUGCGCGAUUUCCAGCAAGGUGGGAAACACGGUGCAUAAAUUCGACACAGCUUGGAGGUUUGUUUGUCUGCCCGUAGCAAGAUUCUGCCCCCCCCCGCCCCCCGCCUCCCCACUCUCCUCGUGCACACUCACACACGCACACACGCACGCACACACAUUCAUUUUCUUGCUUCCAUGUUAGCGGUCUGGUUAUGAAUAUGUCGCUACGUUGGAGAAGCUCAUAAAUGAAUUGUCUUUGUUCACAACUAUUACCUUUGCCUCAAGCAGUAGUUCUUGGUGAAAACUGACGUGUCCAUGUGAGAGUUUAUCGAAUGAUUGUUUGUCUGUGUGUUUGUCGCUACACGUUCAUGUGUUUAUGCUUUAUCUGUUGAUGCACUCCUAAUCACCCUGUUCAAGGCAUUCUAUUUUUUUCUCCGACAGCUGGUUCUUAUUCAUCCUCGCCUUAGAUAUCCAUUGCCUUUUUUUUUCUUCUUUCGUUCGGCAAAGCAGCAGUUGCAAGGAGCACAGUUUUUAUGCUCAAGAUAAAGAGCAGGCUGAAUGUUUAUAAAUAUGUAAGUACGUUGUAGUUUCAUUACGUCUUUGAACUGCCAACGAUACACGGAAUUCAGGGAUGGAAUAAACACGUGCAAAUACUUCAUAGCUUUAAUCAUUGCCGAGUUCGCAGAUAUUCUCGCCGCACUUUCGGCAUAUUAGUUAGCUUUGUAAAAUAGUGAAUGCACGUGGUCGAUUCUGAGCGGUUUCGCUUCGUGGUGCUGCUUAGAACAUGCAUAAUUAUGGUUAACUCAAUUAAAUUACAUCAAGCUAAUCAAGAUGUUAUUUACUACAGUGGCAGAAACGAUUAAAAGACUGCAGAACUGCAGCUUAGCUGAAGUGCCGCGCAUUCGAAAUGCAGUUCGGGAGUUUUCAAUACGGCAGGCUCUGCCGGCAGGUACGUGAUAUGACCUAACACAAAAUUAGAGCGUAACAAAUGGAGCAUAAGCAGAUGCGAAGCCUUGCUUAAAGAAACUGUGGUUCCAUAUGAGAGUUCCAACGUGCGCUUCUUUUUUACACGCCUGCAAUAGUAGGCCGCUUAUCAACUAUAACUGCCUUAUGCCUCAUUUGCGGUAGCAAAGCGGACUGUACCUCAAAUUGCGAACAGCGCGUACGGGAGCCCAACUUUCACGCCAGGUAAUAGCCUAUCAUGACAGUCGCUGACCUAGUGAAAGAUACAAAUAGGGUCACCGCAAGGAUGGCUGAAGAAAGUGCAAUUAGUUAGUGAAACAAACGCAUGCUUGUCCCCGAGGAACUGAAGUAAGCUUAUCCACAUCGACGAGUGAAAUUUCUCAUAUGGAAUCAGACGCCUAUAACUUUACAUACGCAUGGAGUUGAACAAAUGAAUACUAGCUAUCUGGCACUUUUGUUUUAUGGUACGCGUGGUACACGUCGUGUGUGGGUUUGCCGGUGAAGCCAAUGCCCCAAAAACAGACUGCUUAAUAAGGACGAUGCUGCGACUUUUGUCUUUCGAUGUGCCCAAUUCUCAAGGUGAUUUGUAUCUUCCAUCUUUCUAGCAGGGUACGAUUCCUCUUUUGCAUUUCCCGUUUUUAUUUUUUACUCGCCAUGUUGCGAGUCUUUCGGAGUGCGCGAAUGACGUGACGUUUGAUGUUUGAGUAGUUUAUUUGACGUGCUUGUGUAAAGGGUUAAACCUUGUUUGAACAGACUGGUGACGCAUUGUUUGCGACAGAUAGGGACUGUGCUGCUUGCUCACUUUGCAGUUCGCUACUUGGCUAGGAACUCAUGGCGUUUGCGCCAUUUCGUGUGCUAUUUAUAGAAAAAUCAUUCAACAGGAACUACUCAGAAAUGAAGAAGGCGCCUGAUUUCGUAGGGAAUAAUGAAACAUCACUCAAAACUCCCUGAGCCCUUAUGUUAAACAGUUUUGCGUGUAUGUACCGAUGACAGUACACUGUCGUUUCCGAAAUAUUCAAUGGCAUGCCGCAUCGGCCACGUGAGAAAGAGGAAAAUAAGAAAAAAGGAAGGUGGCAGCCUGAAGUAAUCUGCGAGUUUGCUAAGUUCUUCAUACCGUAACAAAGGUCAUCGAAGAAAAAUACACAGAUUUCUGAAUUCGGUAAUGUCAUCGCCGACCGACACAGCAAAGCACAAUUACGUGCGCAGUGAGAACUGUCGUACAACCGGUGGAUUUCGUUGCUCCGUAGAUUUCGUUUGCGGACUUUACGGCGCUUCAUUUGCUUUUGAGAAUUCGUCUGCAGUGUACAGUGAGAUUUGAGCACGUUGAAAAAGGAUUUAGGGGGGAAGAUUUUCUUAUUUACAAAAAUGGUAUUAGUACAGCUGUUCUGCUAAACGUUGUUUCAAGUUGACAAUAUAUGUAUGAUGAGCUGCUAACCACAGCAGUCUUACACUUACUUACAUUGUGCUCUGUCAAAGCAUCUGUGGAUAGUAAUGUGCCUUGACUCAUCGUGUUUUUUUUAUUCAAGAGUUUCUUUACGUAAACGUGUGUCGAGUGCAGUAUUUCUUGCCAAAACACGUGUAUAUAUAUAUAUAUAUUCUAACCUUGCUUCACACUAGGCAUAGUAAUGGAAAAACCUAUAUGACGUUGUGACUGUGCUGUGUUUGUUAUGACAAGGUUUUACUUCAUUGUUUAAAUAAAAAAAUGUAUUUGUUA